UCUCCGCCUCCCGUUCAUGCACUGACGCGUUCCUCUCUAUCUCACCGAGGUUACACUGUAGUAUAGCGGCAGAAACCAGUUAUUCUAUUCUAUUCUAUCUAUCUAUCUAUCUAUCUAUCUAUCUAUCUAUCUAUCUAUCUAUCUAUCUAUCUAUCGAUCGCUGCAGUGCCUGGCAUGUCCUUUAUAGCAUGAGUAAUUGGUGAGCUAUGUUUGUUAUAUACAGAACAUGGGGAAGGCCUGGAGGCCAGUGAGAUCUGACUAUUACUCAGAGAAACUGUACAGUAUGGAUAAGAAGAAUAAAAUGGUUGUUGUGGAAGACUUUGUAGAAUACAAUCUUUUCCUGGUGCCGAAUGAUCCAAUCGAUGCUGAGAAGCACAAACAAAUCCUGCAGCUGUACACAGAGCAGAUACUGGCAAAGCUCGCUCCUCUACUAGCCGGCUAUAUCUGGCAAAAGCAGCAGUUUAACCUCGUAUUCAACUCACAAAAAGGUGAUGUUCCUGUUCAUAUUGGAGGCGGAACAUGUUUUGGUGAUAACAUAGAGGACGAGUGGUUUAUUGUUUACCUUAUUCAGCAGAUUACCAAGGAGUUCCCGGAGCUAGCAGCAAGGGUUGAAGACAACGAUGGAGAAUUUUUGUUGAUAGAAGCAGCUAAUUUUCUACCCAAGUGGCUGAAGCCAGAAAAUAGCUCCAAUCGGGUUUUCUUCUACCGUGGAAAGUUGUGUGUCAUCCCAUUGCAGCAGAAGGAAGAAGACCUACAUGACCAGUCUUCCAGUAUAACUAUAUCCCAAGCUCUGCAGCUGCUCUCCGUGUGUCCAGAGAUGUGUGUAGCAACAGGAUCUGUCUCAAAAGCUAUUGAGAGGCGUCUUCAGGGGUUCCCUGAUAAACUGAAGGAUUCCCUCCACCAUGCCCAUUGCUUUGUUCCUGCUGGAAUUGCGGCUGUGUUACAGGAGCGACCACAGUUGGUAUCGGCAGCAGUGGAAGCAUUUUAUCUCCGAGACCCUAUCGACCUAAAAUCUUGUCGCACUUUUCAUCAUUUCCUACCUGAAACCCGUGUUUUCACCUCUGUGACAUUUACAAAAUGUUUAUAUGCUCAGCUCAGCCAGCAGAGGUUUCACCCCGACAAGCGCAGUGGAUAUGUCCUGCCUCCUCGAUCACAUCCCAAGUACAAAGCGCAUGAGCUGGGAAUGAAGCUGGCACACGGCUUCGAGAUACUGUGCUCCAAAUGUUCUGGAUCUGCCACAGACUUCACAAAGAGACCCUUACAGUGCCCACUGUGGGCUGGAUUUUUAAAUGCCUUGAAAAAAAAUGAUUUCUUUCAGGGUGAAAUGGAGGGAUCUGCACGAUAUUCUGAACUCUUGAAGAGAGCGGAGAUUUACUUCCAGCAGUCCGUAUUUAAGCCAGACAGUUCAGUAACGCUGAGUCCUGGUGAAGAAGUCUUGAGAUUGCUUAGCACUGUGCCUAUUAAUUUGGAGGAGCUAAAGAAAGGGGAGGCUCAUCUUCCUGCAGAUGAAGAUGACAGCUGGUUGGACAUAUCAGCAGAUAAGUUGGAACAGCUAUUACAGGAUGCUGCAGGUCCACAGGAAGCUACUCCCCCAUCAUCAUCUGAGGCUGAGGAAAAAUACACCUUGUCUGAAGUGACCGACAGCAUGAAGGCUUUUAUAUCAACGGUGUCCUCGCACGAAGGAGCAGAGGUGCCCUGGCAAUCCCCUGAAGCACCAAUUACAUUUGAUGUCGAAUCUUUCACAAGUGCUUUGGAAAAAAUUCUCGGUCCAAGUCUAGAUGAACUGGAUUCAGAUGAUCUAGACUCUGAGGAAGACUUUGAGUUGUUAGACAGCGAUGAAGACCUAGAUGGUGAUCAGGCCCCUCCUCUGAGUGCAGAUACACUAGGAAGCCUGCGCUCUUAUAUGGAUGUUAUGGACCGAGAACUGGCUCAAACAAACAUUGGGAAAAGUUUCACCAAAAAGAAAAGCGUGCAGGGUGGUUCUGCCCUUCCUGUGCCCCCAGAUGUCGACGACUGUAGCUCUGAAGAAGAGAUCAGUGUGGACGAGGCAGACCUGGCCCCUGUUGAUGUGGAUUUAAAUCUAGUGACAAAUAUCCUUGAAUCAUAUAGUUCUCAGUCUGGACUUGCUGGACCAGCUUCCAAUUUAUUACAGAGUAUGGGGGUACACCUUCCUGACAACACUGACCAGGAGACAUUUGAUAAUCCAUCACAGCAGUGAGAUUAACCUUGAGGUCUUCAGCUGUCCACGUCAGGGAUUCUGCCCUGAAUACUCUUUGUUUUAGAGCUGGGAGGAGUGAGUGACUAAACAUGCUUAUCUGCCCGUCUCUGCAUGACUCGCAUAUUGUCCAGUUUAUUUUCAAUAUCUGUGGCUGCUUUACCUUAUAGCACAUUCAUUAUUCAUUACAUGAACGUUUUAUAUAAGAUGUUAAUUUCCUAGUGUAAUUACUGCCCCUCAAAUCAUAGAUUUAUUUGUAUUGUUUCAAAAGUAAAAUAUGCGGCACACAUAAGAUAAACAAGGGCUUUGAAGGUAUUUUCUGAGACUUGAAAUAGAUGAUAGAAAAUUAAUAAUUAUUUAGUUCACUCCAUUUGAAUAUUGUUGUUUUUUGUCAAUUGCAAAAAAAAAAUAUUUUUCUAACAAACCUAAUAAAAUCUCCAAUUUUAGCUAAAAGUA